AUGGCGGGUCGCUUCGUUCGAUCAUCCAAAUACCGCCACGUCUUUGGACGUUCUACGCGCAAAGAACAAUGCUAUGACAAUCUCCGCAUUUCUACGAACGCUUGGGAUACCAAUCUCGUCAAGGUAAACCCGCAAUAUCUUUCAGUUAAUUGGGAAACGGCUGGCGGUGGUGCCUUCGCUGUUAUUCCGACAAACGAAACCGGGAAGCUUCCCGAGCGAUUCCCCCUUUUUCGCGGACAUACUGCUGUAGUUUUCCUCUGGAGAGUGCCGGAAGGCUUUACUCUCCACACGGAUGCUGAGCAAGUUACAGACAUUGCGCCAAUUGGAAAGCUAAGCGGCCAUCCAAGAAAAGUUGGACACGUCCUUUUUAAUCCCGCGGCCGAAAAUGUGCUCGCAUCCGCGUCUGGCGACUUUUCCGUCAAAAUCUGGGACAUCGAAGCUGGAUCUUCGAAACUCACGCUCAAGCUUGGGGACGUUGUCCAAUCGUUGUCAUGGAGUGCAAACGGCUCACUUUUGGUGACAACUUCCCGAGAUAAAAAGCUAAGAAUCUGGGACGUACGUCAAGAGAAACCCGUCCAUGAAACCCAAGGCCACUCGGGCGCAAAGAAUAGUCGAGCGGUGUGGAUGGGAGAACAUGAUCGCAUCGCUACCACAGGAUUCUCGAAGAUGAGUGAUAGACAGCUAGCGUUGUGGGAUGCUCGUGCUCCAAGAGAGCCAAUCAACGGAUUCAAAGUCCUUGAUUCCAUCUCUGGGGUUUGUGUACCGUACUGGGACGAUGGUACCCAGUGUCUGUACCUGGCUGGAAAGGGUGACGGCAAUAUUCGUUACUUUGAGUAUGAAAACGACAAGUUCGAAUAUUUGUCCGAAUAUAAAUCAAGCGACCCUCAGCGUGGCAUUGGAUUCAUGCCUAAGCGUGGUGUUAAUAUGCACGAAAACGAAGUCGUUCGCGCAUUCAAGACGGUAAACGACACCUACAUUGAACCUAUUUCAUUUAUUGUUCCUCGUCGAGCCGAGGUCUUCCAAGACGACAUCUAUCCACCAACAACCGGCAUUAAACCAGCAAUGUCAUCUGGGGAAUGGUUUGAAGGCAAGGAGGCCCUGCCCCCUAAAAUUGACAUGGCGAGCCUAUAUGAAGGAGAGGGCUUGAAGGAACUACCAGCAGAUGCUGUUCCUGCACCGAAGAAGGCACCGGCAACUCCUGCAGCUCCCGCAGAACAUCCUAAGGAGCAAGUACAGAAACCUCAAGAGGAGCAGGAAGCUAAACCGAUUCGUCCAGCCGUUGUAUCGCCUCCUCGUGACAAUAUGAAAGAACAGGGCGCUUCGAUGGCUGCUAUGGUCUCUAAAUUCGCUGAUGAAGAAGAGAAAGCGGACGACGCGGAUGAUAGCUCUAGCUUUGAAGAGGUUUCCAAACCGGUGGAACGCGCGCCGACGAUUUCUGUUUCUGCCACUGAUGCUCAACCCCUUUCUUCACCGCCCGGAUUAUGGAAGGCGAGAAAGCCCGAGGCGGCGAAGCCCAUCCCAUCAAUUGCAAAUCCCCCCCCAUCCGUACACGUUCCAAACCUUCCCAUUACCACCCCUGGCGUCGUAACCCCGACUGUAGAUGAUUUCUCGGCAAUCUCCCGAGAACCCAUUUUCAAAGAGAUGGAGCAAAUCAAAACCUUGCUCGCUGAACAGACCAAAGCCAUGGCGGCCCAGGCCAAACAGAUGGCCAUCCUCGCUGCUGAGAUUGAUAGUCUGAAGGCAAAAUUGGGCUAA